CCUUAGCAACCCCUGGGGAAACCUCAGACAGUAUAGGGCUUGCCCUGCAGGCAGAGCUGACCCAGAGUUGCUUACUGUCAAAACGGAACAUCUGGCUUCUCUAGCUUCCUUCCAUCCCUUCAGCGUUUCCUCUCUCUCUAAACGGUACCAAAAUCCAUGCAGUUAAUUACUCAAUAUUAUCCUGGUCUCCCUCUCCCUCACAAUUCUGUCUAGUCUUUUAGAACGAUCCACUAUUGUCAACCUCUAUCAUCACCCUUCUACCCAGGCCACCAUUCCCUUCCAAGUACUGCAAUAUUUAAGCAUCAUUCUGCCAUUAGCACCCCGCGCCCCCUUCUCCAGGCAGCAGCUGAGUGAUCGUUAUAAAAACCCCUGCUCAAAGCCCUUUCAUGGUUCAUAACACCUACAGGAAUCAAGACCAACCUCCUUACCACAGCCAAGGAGGCCCUGCAAAAUUUAAGACCUGCCACUUCUCCAGCUUCAUCUGCUACAUCACUCUAGGCCGCAACCAAAACGCUCUUUUCAGGGCCUGUUUCUUAGGGUCUCUGAGCUCUUAUCUGGGAAACGGUUUUUCUCUCAUAAGUAAUAAAAGCUACACCUACUGCACCCUUGCUUACAUGCGUUAUCAUGCAUGAGCCUACAACCUGUCAUCUUCGUUUUGCAGAUGGACAAAUUGAGGAUGGGCACCUUACCCAUGGUCACACGGCUAGCGAGCGGAAGAGCCGAAACUCGAGGCUCCAGAGGCUACCGGCUUAACCACAAAGUCCUUAGCCAGCCCGCACAGACCUCCACUGCCGCAGAGAUAACUCUUAGCGGUGAACAGCCCCUGGCUGCAAGGGGGCGAGGACCGGAGGGGCUUACGGAGGAACGAAGCUUCUGAUUGGCCGCCUCCGGCGACGGCGGGCGAGGAAGAGCGAGGGCGUGGGGGCGUCGCAGAGAAAUGACGCAAUGCAGUGCCUCCUUAAAGGCACCGGCCCCUCGCGCCGCGGAUGGCGCAGGCGCAUUCCGGGGACUGCCGCUUGUUCAUCGAGUGCUCUGAGCCGGGCCGAGCGGGUGCGCGCGCGCGCGCGGGCUGUGCAGACGGGGCGCGCGCCGGUCGUGGACAGCUCCAGGGGUCCUGCCGGGCAGUGUCCGGAGCGGGACCGGCCCGCUGACUAGCGGGCGCCGCGAUGGCCGAGAGCAGCGCCGUGUCCGACCCUCAGCACGCCGCGCGCUUGCUGCGAGCGCUCAGCUCUUUCCGCGAAGAGUCCCGCUUUUGCGACGCGCACCUGGUCCUCGACGGUGAGGAGAUCCCUGUGCAGAAGAACAUCCUGGCGGCGGCCAGUCCGUACAUCAGGACAAAGUUAAACUAUAAUCCUCCAAAAGAUGAUGGAUCAACCUAUAAGAUUGAACUUGAAGGGAUAUCGGUAAUGGUUAUGAGAGAGAUCCUGGAUUACAUCUUCAGCGGGCAGAUCCGGCUAAACGAAGAUACCAUCCAAGAUGUUGUGCAGGCAGCGGACCUGCUCCUGCUGACGGAUCUUAAAACUCUGUGCUGCGAGUUCUUAGAAGGCUGCAUUGCUGCUGAGAACUGCAUUGGGAUCCGUGACUUUGCGCUUCAUUACUGCCUGCACCAUGUCCAUUACCUUGCCACGGAAUACCUGGAGACUCACUUCCGCGAUGUCAGCAGCACAGAAGAAUUUCUAGAACUGAGUCCUCAGAAGCUUAAAGAAGUGAUUUCUCUUGAGAAGUUAAACGUUGGCAAUGAAAGAUAUGUAUUUGAGGCAGUAAUUCGAUGGAUAGCACAUGAUACAGAAAUAAGAAAGGUCCACAUGAAGGAUGUUAUGUCAGCACUGUGGGUUUCAGGGUUAGACUCCAGCUACUUACGGGAACAGAUGCUGAAUGAACCAUUAGUACGAGAAAUUGUCAAAGAGUGCAGCAACAUACCACUGAGCCAGCCACAGCAAGGAGAGGCAAUGCUAGCCAAUUUCAAGCCCCGGGGCUACUCUGAAUGCAUCGUGACUGUUGGUGGAGAAGAAAGAGUUUCACGGAAACCAACAGCAGCAAUGCGAUGUAUGUGUCCUCUCUAUGACCCUAAUAGGCAGCUUUGGAUUGAACUGGCCCCUUUAAGCAUGCCAAGAAUUAAUCAUGGAGUCCUCUCAGCAGGUAGCACCUUCUCACAGUCUCGGGAGUUUUACAGUGUUCAUGCAAGACAUAACUUUGGAAUUGUGGAGAUAGAUGGAAUGCUGUACAUUUUAGGAGGAGAGGAUGGUGAUAAAGAGCUAAUUUCCAUGGAGUGUUAUGAUAUUUAUUCUAAAACCUGGACGAAGCAACCUGAUUUAACCAUGGUCAGAAAGAUUGGCUGCUAUGCAUCUAUGAAAAAGAAAAUCUAUGCCAUGGGUGGAGGAUCAUAUGGAAAACUGUUUGAAUCUGUGGAAUGUUAUGACCCAAGGACCCAGCAAUGGACUGCUAUAUGUCCGUUAAAAGAGAGAAGAUUUGGAGCGGUAGCCUGCGGAGUUGCCAUGGAACUGUAUGUAUUUGGGGGAGUCAGAAGUCGCGAGGACAUCCAGGGUAGUGAGAUGGUAACUUGCAAGUCUGAAUUCUACCAUGAUGAGUUUAAAAGAUGGAUCUAUCUAAAUGACCAGAAUUUAUGCAUCCCCGCCAGUUCCUCUUUUGUUUAUGGAGCUGUACCCAUAGGAGCCAGUAUUUAUGUUAUCGGAGAUCUUGAUACAGGUACCAAUUACGAUUACGUGCGUGAGUUUAAAAGAAGUACAGGCACCUGGCACCACACUAAACCACUCCUUCCAUCCGACCUUCGCCGCACUGGGUGUGCAGCCUUACGUAUUGCAAAUUGCAAGCUCUUCCGCCUGCAGCUUCAGCAAGGCUUAUUCCGUAUCCGUGUUCAUUCACCUUGAAGAGGAAGCAGAGCGGAAGCAGAGCUCCUGACCAAGUGCACCAUGACAUGGCUUUACGUGAGGGGAACAGAGAUGGCAGCAAAACUUGCUCUGCGUGCGGCCUUCGUAUGGUAACUCUAGUGGUUUUCUAACGCUGAGAAGCUUGAGUUCGGCUCUUGUUUGGGAGAGCACAUCACUGUUGAAAAACUACCUGGGAGGACUCAGUCCUCCAGUUAGAGGUGUCUAUAGACAAAUGGAGGCUAGUAAAUGUCAAAAGGAAGAGGGAAGUGGGAAUCGGUAUAGUGUAAAAUACUGAAGUUAAAAUACUAAGGUGCAUUUUCCCUGAAGGGAACUCGUAUCUGACUGCUGUGUACCUGGCUUUGGUAAACAAACAAAAAUCCGUAUAUGCAAAUCAACAUAUCCAAACAUACCAAGACUGCUUUUCUACUGCACUUGGGAGGACAUAUGCCUAACCCUGCCCAACAAAUCAAGGUUUGUGCCUAAAAUGUUAGAUUGGACUGUGUGCCAGCUAGUCUCCAUUUACUCCUAGUACUCUGUGCUGAGAAUCUUUUUUAAACUGUAUUAUGAUGAAACUAAGAUAAAAUUUCUCUUCGAUGACAUUCUAUCUUAGUAAAGGCUCAGUAAAUGAAUAAGUCAGGUUGCAGCCCUCGUGUGACUUUAAAGGAAGUUGCUAACUUCUGUGUUAAUUUAGAUUAAGGUACGUCAUGCCGUAGUUUCUUGGAGUUGUGAAGGAUCCCAUGCAGUGCCGCUCUUCCUUUCCAGUUAAUCAGAACCAUUUUGUAAAUACGAGGAUAUUAGCGAGUAGGAGAUUUUAUAAAAGAAAGACCUGAGUAAGACAUAAUGAAGAUCUGCAGUGACUUAAAAAAAAAAAAAAAAAAAGUCCAGAUAAAAUACAAAGGGAUCAAAAACUUUUUUAAAUAAUCUGAAAGCACACAAAGUCUUGUUUACUACUGUUUAGGAUUUGAAAACUUAUCUUAGAAUGCAAACGUGUUAAGAAUCUAGUCUUUGUAGUAGAAUUUUCUCAAUGCCAUUCACUAGUAAGAGUUUAGACAAAUUACGUUACAAGUAAAGUUUGGCUGGUAGAAUAAACUACCUCAGCUUAAUUUUAUUCUGUUCAUAGUACAGCAAAUUAAUCUUUUCCUUCUUUCCUAUCUCUCAUUCCCAUGCUAACCCACUCUAUCCCAUUUCCCAUUGGGGGAAAAACAUCUGUCAUUAGCAUUUAUCUUGUAAGAUAUUUUGUUUUUCAUUCAAAUUAUACUACCUUAGGGUAAAAUUAGGGACUUCAAAGUGCUUGAUUACUUUAUAAUUUGAAUUUUAUGCAAUAUCAGAUUUCUAAUCAAUUUAAUAUAGAAGUCCUCAUUUUUAAUUGUUUUCUACAGCUUUUUUUUUUCCUCUUAAAAUAUGGCUCUAAGAAGCAACAUUUUGUCUUAAUGAUUAAUGUAUAAAUGUAUCCUUUGGUUGUAAAUUUGAGACCAGAAAUUUCUUCUAGCAACUUCCUAUAUGGAAUGUUUGUAUGCUAUUAACAUGCAUAUGAAAUGUUGCUUAUGUUUUCCCACCACAAACAAAAAACGGGGUGAGCGGUGUUUUUUUUUUUUUUCUUUUUUACACCCAUUAGAAGUCAAUACAAUGCUAUAAAAAUUGCAGAAAGGAGCCUUGCCGGUGGGGGUUCUAAAGAAUGUUAUGUGUGGCACAUUCACCCUCCAUUCUAGCAGAAGAUUUUGGUAACAGAGGUAUGAGGUUUUAUCUUCUCUAUCAGAGGCACAGGCCAGACUUGCCACACAUGUAUGUAACACAAUCAUAUUCGAUCUGUAAAUCAAGGCUGGCUUUAUUUUUUUUUUUUCGUAUCUUGUACCAGUCAGCUGUUAUCUGCACACUUUCCCAGUGAUACCUUGGCUGACUUUUAAUCAAAGCAAGCUACGUGGCUAUUGCAAAGAAGGAAAACUCUUUUUACAAUUAGACAUGAGAAAACAAAUUGCUGAAAAAGUGAAUUUUCUUUGGUAAAAUGUCUUGUGCAGAACACCACCUUGGUGUUCAGAAGCUGCAGUUGAGGUACUGAUGUCUUAUUAAAGCCAUGACAAUCAGCGAUUCUUCUUUUUUUUUCAUUUCUGAAGUUUAAAAUGCUUCCCAGUCUAUGCCAGGCCUUUCCAAGGAGACAAUUCAUUGUUUAGGAGUGAAUGGGUCCCUACUACAAUAUUAUCAGUGCCUGUAUGACUUGAUCAAUUCAUUUUAGAAAGUAGUGUUUUGUUUCUUUUUUUAAUUAAGUUUAUUGACACUGUAGCUGCAGAAAUUAGGGAAUUUUUUUAAAAAUUUGCCACAUAAUAUGGGAUGCAAUAACCAACAAAAGCUGCUAAGUGCCAAACAGUUAUUUUACUAUAUAUAAAUAUAAAAAUAUUAUGUUGAAGUGUAGGGAUGUAUUUAAUUUUAUUAUGUUCUAAAAUUAAUCAUGACCUUUUUUGUAAAUCGCAAUUAUUUCAGUAUUGUAAAAUAAAUUUUAACUCAUUUCAUGCAGGUUUGUGUUUUAACAUUCCACUUAUGCCUUGAAACAUCUUUUCUUGGUAAAUUUUUGAUACUUCUUUUUCCAUAAGGCACUUUUACCAGGUGUAUGUUGGAAUUGGCGGCUGAGGAUAGAUCUUAAAAUUUUUAAUAUAAUACCUUUUGGGGAAGUGCAAUUUAUUUUCAUUAUCCCAUCAACAGAAGGAAAGUUGUCUCAGGUUAGAGUAAGUGAAUAUUUAAAGGAUCUCUCCUAUGCUACAGUUUUAAAGUAGGUUUGUUUGUUUGUUUCUCUGUUUGACACAUCCAAAUGUAGAUUUUUCAAAGAUUUAAGUGUUUAAAAUGAAGUUUUUUGUUCUUUCAUGAUAGUACUUAUAUUCUGAGAGAAAAAAGCAAGAGAUGAGAGAGCAAGUGUGUGUGUGUGUGUGUGUGUGUGUGUGUGUGUGUGUGUGUGUGUGUGACGUGACUUGGUGAAUCCGCCUGUGUAUGUUUACUUUUUGAAUUGUAGUUCCAAACUACAUAUAUUACUGUCUCCUGGUGCUUCAGAUAAAUUCUUGAGCCUGUGGCCCUUCAGUUUAUACUACUGUGUUAAACUCAUGUUGAGUGUAAAUAUUGAUAUAUUCGUAGUUUAUAGUAAGUUUUACUUGGUGUUUGCAUUUCUUUUCUGGAGUGGGAUUAAGAACAAUGUUUACCGCCUAGUAGUUGGUGUGCUAUAAAGAUUUGGCCUAAGAAAUUUCUAAAUUCAAUGUUUAUUUCAUUAAUUCAUUAUUUUUUUGCUGUGAGGAGUUGAUAGCUAGCAGUAGGCAUUUUUCAAACUGUAACAACCAAAAAAGAACAUUUGGGGGUGUUGGACGGUAUGUUGUUUGUAUUGAAGGGUUUUGUUAUAUUGCACUACCACUUUAAUGAUGGCACUUUCUUCAGUGGUGCUUUAGAAGUGCCUUUUUUAUCAUUUCUAAGUGGGGAGGGGGUUCCCAAGGCAAUGUGCAGGAAAUACAUUCUUUAUAUUGACAUGGUAAAGAUAAAGCAGUCUUCACUGUGGCACCUCAGUUACUCAUGGCAGUAAGUGAGGCCUUUAGAGAAAUGUUAGGUGCCUCGGUCCCCUGGGGUUCCAUUUGGUUCCUACUUCAAUGUUCCAAACCAGGGAUCCCAAAAAGUUUCCCAAGGGGCACCUAAAACCACCACUGCUGUAUUACCUUCCAGAUGUGGCUUUCUUUAUUCAAGAGGAGGCCUCCCGUGGUCAGAUGAAGACUUUUGAUGAUCUGGGGAAAGAAUGAGGUGGCACUUUCAUUGCAUCGAUUUCAAAAGUGCUGGGAUCCCCUUAAAAAGCACCCGAUGGAAGGGAAGGGGGAGGCUACCCUUCAGUGGCUGCCCCUCGGGCCUGUGAGCUUUGUGGGGGUCGGUGAGAGAGGAGACUCUGGUACAGAAAAGACUGCCCUGGAUUUAAUCAACAAAUGUUUAUUGCGUGCCUACUAAGAAUUCUGCUUGGAUUUCUGGGGGGAACUUAACAGUGAGGCAGAUGUAAUACUGCCAUCCCUUUAGACUAUAAAAUUCUUGUGGGCAGGGGUCCUGCCUUAGUCAUCCGCUAAUCUCAGCGCUUAGCUCACAGUAAGCAGUCAAUAAAUGCUUGACCAAUGAAUAUAGUAUGCUUGUGAUCAAAGUGAUGUUCUUCACAGGACUGAAAAGUACUCUCUGAGAGUGACUUAUUUUGCUGGAUUUUAAAUGAGAAACUUUGUACACAAAUAGGCUGGCCUCAUGAUCUAGAGUGGGAAACUAGCACAGAAUUAAAAAUGCAAAGUGCCUGAAUAGGUGACAUACGACUGUGGUGUCCAUAUGUCCUAUAGGGUUUUUGAGACCCUGUGUUUAGCACACCUACUAACGUUGAUCACAUUUCCUGUUGGGUUUUAUUUAUUGCUUUCUAUGUGGAGCUCAAAAUCUUUUCCAGAACGUACUGCUUUGAUCCUCACAUGUCUGUGAUGGUGCAGCGCUCUCCACUGGACAGACGGCUGUCUUUGAAGCCCGGUGGAUGCAGCUUCCUUCCCCACUGCAGAUGUGAAUGGAAACCAAAAGCCGAACUCAGGCCUUUGGAUUAUCACUUCACCGUUCAGCCUAUCAGACUAGCACUUCAUUUCCUGGGCAUACAAUGAGUUUUAUAAUCAUAUAAUAAUCAUUUGUGGUAUAGCUUAAACCCCCAAACAUAGUGUUUUGCAAGUUGCACAGACAUAAGCAGAAAGAUCUUUGGUUUUCUUUGUCAGUUAACUAUAGGAAAUUUCAGAAUUUACUAGAGUUGUAAGAACAGAAGUAAUAAGUAUUUGUGUUUGAAAGAGAAGCUGUUUUUACUUUAAAGGGCUAAAGCUUCAUUUCUCCUUUUCUUGCCACACGUCAUUGGUAGGGGAAAAAAACUGUGUCUUAGAAUGUUGAGGAAAGUAUUUUGCUAGCUUUUUAAUAAUCCCUGGAGUAUUCUUUAUACCUGGUUCAGAAAUUAUAGGAAUUUAUGAUAUAAAGGUGAGGAAUGAACCCCUUGCCCAGAUAUUUGA